GCGUCGACAUCGAGUAGUGGGAAGCGGGGUACAACCAGCGUUCCUUGGAUCCGGUGCAUACACAACUGAUUAUUGACACGAUGACGACGGCCUACUCGCGGGCCUCGAAGACUUACGAGCUGCCCACACUGAAGCUGGCGCCGUUGGGGCUGGAGAAACCGAAGCCGUGGGUGCGUGCACAACGCCUCAAGCCCGAGGACUGGAAGGUUGAGCUGGCGGACCAAUACUACUACUACGCUGUUGCCGGCCAGCAUAAUGUGGUCGCCGCCAGGACGCUGCUUGGCACAGACGUGGCGGUGAGGUACAACUUCGAGAGGUGGCCUGCGGGAAUGAUGUACUUCCUCGACGCGGACUUCGAAGGGUAUUUUCUGGUCAGCGCCGAGGAUAACAAAAAGGAGCUGAAGGCGCCUCCCAGACAGCAAAAACUUUCGAUGAAGGACAUCCGGUGGUGCUGGAAGGAAAAGGGUUACCCCAGAGCUGUUAUGGGGAACCCGAGCGGGAAACAGGCUCAGGUGGAGUCUUGGCGCCAGUUUUGUGAAGAUGCGCUUCAAAAGACAACGUACAAUCAUUUGUGGACACUCGCUGAUGACAAGACCGAGCAAGGCAUAAGAAAACAGAACGCUGCCCUUCGAUCUUAUUUCCCGCUUGCGAUGGCCGGGGAGAGCGCGUGGAAAAUGAGAAUGGAAUUUUUCGAGAAAUGGGAGACGGGCACACUGCUGGCACCCGAAGGGGCGAAGUGGAUCGCGAAGAAGAAGAAGGUGAAGGGCGUGAAGGCCGGUGUGAGCCACAUCGAAAAUGAUAAGACUGGGCGAAAGGAGGUCGUCUACAACAUCCCCGUCGAAGCGCCUCAAAAGAAAGGGAAAAAAGAAAAGGAAUCCGACGACUACAUGGAAGCCCUCACAGACAAUGAGAAAUGUCGGCUGCUGAAGAAGGUUCUCAACUGCGAGGUGGUGUGGGUGCAGACCGGCUCCUCUGCGUUGCCAAAGCAAGGGAAGCUGGGGGUGCAAGAGGCAGUGCAUCUGGUGAAGUGCGACCGCAUCUUGGUGCGGUUAUGGAACUACUACCAGUUCAAGUAUGAGAAUUGGCCCGACUCUAAUUGGACGCGUUCGUAUCCCUUUCUGCGGAAAAGAGAGGCGAUUUUGGUGCAGUUCAAAAGGCAGGGACUGGAUGCAGCAUUGUGGGACGGAAGCAGGAAACUCGUUGGAGACUCAUCGUUGUUCAGAGACUGUCCCCCGUUCAUGGGCUGCGAGGACGACAAGUCGAUCAAGGCGACGGAAAAACUGGUUCUCAACAAGAAGUUGUCCAUCGACUGGAAGAACAAGGUCCUUUCCAUGCUGACCGGCAGCAGGUCGAAGAGCAUGGAUGUCGCGCUCGCCGAAGGCAUGGUGCAUAUUCGGUGGCAGGACUCGGGGGAUGUGACAUCCAUCGCCCCCUUUGGCGUCGAUCCUCUGGAGGCACAAAUGAAGGUCGUCGAGUUGGAGAAAGCGGUUGGGAUCACGAAAUGCCACGCUGCCGUUCUUGAUUUGCGCGAGCCUGUGGACAUCACACAGUGGACACAACAAGCUUUCGAGAGUUUGAAUGCCCUUCUACAACAUUUGUUCCCGUCGCACUGGACGGUCGUUGCUUUCGUCCCCCGGGAGCACGACUACUACUUCAUGACCAGUUUGUGCCAUCUGUCCGUUGUCAAGGCAAUGGCAGGAAAGUGGGUGAGGAGGCCGCAGCAGAAGAAAAGCUUCGCGGUCGGCAACAACUUGUACUCAGUGGACGAUCGCAUGUACAUCCUCUUCAAAGGUGAUGACUUGCGGGAGAACACGUCUGUGGUUUAUGACGCGAGGUUGGAGGCGGGUGAUGCUGCUGCUGUGGGGGCACAUGUCAAAGUCACACCGACGGACGUCUCGGAGAUGCCGUUCGAGCCUUGUGAAUGGCCCCUGGUCAUUCCUGGCCAUGACCACAAAGUUUACAAGGACAUGGAACUGAACCCCGCGCACUUGGCCCAUCUGCUGGAAUUCGUGUGCAAAAAGGGGGAGGGUGUCAUGUUUCUCGGGAAGGCGCACGCGCAAGUCGUGUGGGAGGCUUUGAAGGGUGGUCGCAACGUCGUAGUGUUGGAGGGGAAUUCUGAGUUGCUGCAAUACACGCUGGAUUUCCUGAAAGGCGCGGUCAACUCGGGAACCCACCGCUGCGAGUUCAUUUCGAGGACCCACAAAACGCGACGCGCUUGGGAGCCGUCCACGGACAUGUGGCUCAAGCUAAGCGAGAGGAAAAGGGACAGGAUAUACGAGUUCCUCAUCCUGGAGACGCGGCCUAGGAGGGACAUCGACCCUGAGUAUAUUCGACGCAGGGAGCACAUGUUGGCGUUGCUGGACAACUACCACGGCGCCUCGCGUUUGAAUGCGAAGAACUUCCUGGACCGGCUGGAGUGUUUGUACUUUGUCGAGUCGGAGCAGGAGCUCAGGGUCGCGAGUUACAGUGCAUUGAUUGACGCGGACGAAGAGGCAACGACCAGAGUCGUUUUCGACACGAAUGUUCCGGAGGAGGAUAGCGACACCAAGGAAAUCGCCCUGAAUUACCUCCCUGCUCCUGUUCUUCCACCCCCGGGCUCCUCGACGGCAGACUGGGGUCACGACAUGAUUUGGCACCCGGGAACGAUCCAGCUUGCUAUCCGCGAAGGGGAGUGGAUCAUGGUCGUUGUGGACUCGGCUGGGCAGUGGGAGCCACGCUUGCGCCUUCCCAAGUCCGAGUACUUGCAACUCGCAAGCAGUGGUGUGGCGGAUAAAGUGGCGUCAGAGAACCCCCGUUUCCAGGCCACUGACCCGGCCAUCGUUAAACACGCUGAUCGUUUGUUUCUGGAGCUUCAAGACAAGGGGUGGUUGGAACUCUCGGACGAGUUUUACGACUUCGAUACAAGCCCUUCGAAGGGAAGCGUGGACUGGAAGGUCCCCCCUGCGACGGGGUCGCAGGGGAGUGUGGGAGGGGGAUCUCCAGGCCCUCCAGGUGGGGGAGGGGGUGGGGGAAGCGGCAAGGGGACAGGAGAGGGCGCCGCGUCAGGGGGAUCGGUUGGCACUCACGACCAGGGCAGAACAUUGGAAAGCGGCGGCUGGGUUGGGUUGUUGAACGUUGCUGACAAAACGACCAUCGGGGCCAGCAAAUCGGCUAAGUUCGCCGACAUCCGAACUUCUCAUAACGUGGAGCCGCCGCCUUUGGACGCUGCGAAGUCCGUCGGCGUCCGCGCUGCAUCCACCACACAUUGGUCGGCCCUCCCCUUGACGACUGAUUUCGUGGCUUCCGUUGGCACCGGGAGAGGCUCGAGUGCGAGUGUUCCGAUCACCAGCGUCAAGGACAAGUCUGCCGCUAUUCGGACGAAGCCUCCUGAGGUGCACAAUGGGGAGCCCGUCCUGCACAGCGCUACAGGAGCAGAAGUGUCAGAAACGGGUGCCAAAAGGAAGUCCGCCGGAAUCCGCACUUCGGUUUCGUCCGGUGCGACGUCCGAUGACUUUUCUACGCGGCAGAGGACUGCGUCGGCCGUCGGAAACGGGCAGCCUGCAGAGUUCAACGCACGGUUGGAUAGCGGGGCGCCGUCCGUGCUGUGCAAUUUGAACUCCGCCGGUAUCCGAACUUGCUGGGGAAUGGACUUGCAGUCAGAGGUCGUCGGGCGGGCAGAAGAUGAGACGUGUGCGGGGACAGAAGCUGCGCCAUGGAAGAAAGUCCCCGGGUUCACGACAAGACACAAGAAUAUGUUAAAGGCAUCAGGGGUUGAUGUCGAGACUGGGGAGAAGGACCAUGCCGUGGCCAUUGAUGAAUGUCUUUCCCUUCUGCCUCCGGAGAAGGGGACGUAUCCACGAUCUGUGACUAGGGGUCAGGCCAUGUAUGAAAAAUACUUAGCAGAGCAUUGCGCGAUGAGGGACAAUCUUUAGAAUACCAUUUCUCACAACCCAGCGUGUGCAUUGGUCGAUGAUGUACAGUUCGCGCCAGAGCACGUGGAGCCUGCGGGGGGAUUUUCGAUAACGUGAUUGCGCCUCGAGU